CCAUGGCGGCACCCACUUGGCUAGCAUCAUUCACUGUGCCCUUCAUUAGUACCAGUACUCUGCCCACUUCCCGGUCCAUAGUAACGGAAGUCUAAUAUUCCCCUCCUCUUCCCUUUUUGGUUGCCCGGGUUCCUGGGUCUGUCGUUCGCUUUCUCUGCUAGACUCACCUACUAGUUACUUCACUACUAUUUAAUACAUUGAGCAUCCCCCGACUGUACCCGCCUCUUCGAUUUCAUACCCCGGACACACACAAGCAGGAGUUUGUUCCUUCGUUUGGUCUCUUGCUCUAACCCUCGUUGUUAGCAUAGAAGAACCUUCUAGUCUGUCGCUUCUGGCAUUUACCACCCCCACAGCUACAACAUCAUGUACUUCUCCAAGACUGCCGCCGCGCUGGCUGCGCUGCUGCCCUUGGCCACCGCGCAGACCUAUACGGACUGUGACCCUCUCAACAAGACCUGCCCUGCUGAUACGGCCCUGAGCUCCACCACCUUCACCACUGACUUCACCUCUGGCUCAUUCGGUGGAUGGAUUGCUACCGCCAACAAUGUCACCUUUACCGAUGAGGGUGCCAACUUCAUCAUCAGCGAGAAGGGUGAAGCUCCUACCAUUGAGACCGACUUCUACUUCUUCUUCGGCAAGGCCGAGGUUGUCAUGAAGGCUGCCAGCGGUACCGGUAUCUGCAGCAGUAUCGUCCUCGAGUCGGACGAUCUCGACGAGAUCGACUGGGAAGCUCUUGGUGGUGACACCACUCAGAUUGAGACCAACUACUUCGGCAAGGGUGACACCUCCUCCUACGACCGUGCUACUUGGGCAACUGUGUCGACCCCCCAGGAGACCUUCCACACUUACACCGUUGAGUGGACUGAAUCUGCCACUACCUGGAGCAUCGACGGCACUGUCGUGCGCACCCUUGCCUACAGCGACGCUCAGAGCGGUACUCGCUACCCCCAGACUCCCAUGCGCCUGAAGCUUGGUAUCUGGGCUGCUGGUGACUCCUCCGAGCCCGAGGGAACCAUCGAGUGGGCCGGUGGUGAGACUGACUACUCCGACGGUCCCUUCACCAUGACUGUCCAGUCGGUCUCCAUCACCAACUACAACCCCGGCUCCUCCUACACCUACUCCGACACCUCUGGCGACUACACCAGCAUUGUCGUCAACAACGGCACCUCCAGCUCUACCACCGGCUCUACCACCAGCUCUAGCUCCACCUCCACCUCCACCUCCAGCACCAGCUCUAGCUCUAGCUCUACCUCCACCUCCAGCACCAGCUCCAACUCUGGCACCGGCUCUGGCUCCAGCACCAGCUCCGAGUCCAGCACCAGCGCCUCCAGCGCCGCCGCCGCCGGCUCCUCCUCUGCCCUGAUUGGCUCUGGCUCCAGCAGCGGUUCCUCCGCCUCUGCCUCUGGCUCCGCCUCUGCUUCCUCCAGCGCCAGCGCCAGUGCCUCCCCCGUCUACACCGGUGCUGCCACCCAGGUCGGCGCCUCCACCAGCCUCCUCUUCGCUGGUUUCCUCGCUGCCCUCUUGUAAAUUGUCCUCCCUUCAUCAUCGACGCCCAAUCCCUGAUGCAACAACCUUUUUCACUUCUCUUCAUGGGUCGUUUAGAAACUUACACCCACCCACCCACCCUUUCCCCUGCUUUCACUGCAUAGCUUAUUUGGAACCGUU